ACCAAAACGCAAGCCGCGAAUAUUAGGUUAGCCUGUUACAGAAACUGGCUACAGGUGAAGACGGCCAGUUACGUUAACUAUCGAGUAAAAAUAUCGGUAUCGAUUGGCAUCGUUUCAAAAAUUGCGUUUCUAUUGAAGACCGCGUCAAAUAUUUUCUCCAACAUACAUAUUCUUAUAUUUUUUCAUAUUAAAACAAAACAUCCGUUCCAUUGUUAUAUUUAUUAGGAAUUUAUGUUUUAAACUGACUUUCGUUUAAGCAAUCCGUCAAUUUCGCUGCAACAAUACUCUAGACAUGCGACCAAUACAAAAACCUGGUCCGAAAUCAAAAAGCCGGCAAAAUCCGCAUAAGCAGCCAGUUGCCGAUUUGGGCGAAACAAGCACCUCGAGUGAGACCGACACAACCUUUUAUUCACCACCAAGAGAUGAAAAUGUUACAGACUAUGGUUUGGACUUUAGCAAUACUUCUCGACGCAGCCGUGCACCAACCACGGCAACCCCAAGAGAUACUGCAGCAUCUUCAUCAAGAGAAGUGGCAAUGCCACCUACAGCAUCUACAUCACGGGCACUGACAACAAGACGCAAACAGCAGGUUCCAAAUCGAAGAGAACUGCGUAAGCUCUUAAACCGUACUGAUUUCAUGAUACCACGCCUUGCCUUUGGGCGAGUAGUUCGUGAAAUUAUGGUUAGCUUGGGGUCAGAGGUGCACUGCAUAACUCUGGGUGCUUUAGAAGGUCUACAAGCAGCAACAGAAGUGUAUAUAGAAAAUCGGUUUGAAGAUGUGAAUAUGUUAGCAAUGCACUGCCGUCGUAAAACCAUAAUGGUGCGAGAUAUGGAAUUAAUUCAAUUUUUGAUGAGCAAAAAUUGUGUAAUUUGAUAGUUUUCUUGUUUAUUUUAAUGAAAUUAACUUGUAAUUUGUAUGUUUUUAUGUUUGUAUACAAAUAAUGCAUGUAUAUGUAUGCAUAUUUGCAAUAAAUUUAAGACUGCACAAAUCCGUGUGCUAAAAUAUA